AUGCGCUUCUUCAUUUCCUUCGCUGUCGCCGCCAUGGCCGCCGUCGCCUCGGCGGAUAGCAAGGCUAACCCCUUCAGCAUUCCCACCGAUGGUUACACCUUCAAGGUUGGCGAGCCUACAGCCCUGAAAUGGGAGCCUACCACCCAAGGCACCGUGAGCCUAAUUCUGCAGUGGGGAGCCGUGCUCAGCGGCAAUUCCGGCACUGUCAUUGCCUCGAAUCUCGCCAAUGACGGCAGUUACACGUGGGAUGUGCCCUCCAAGCUGGCCGCCGAGCCCGACUACACCAUCAAGAUCGUCUCCGACGAAGAUAACAACGACUACAACUACAUCGGCCGUUUCACCGUCGAUGGCUCCACCGUCUCUGUGUCGUCUUCCACUGCUAGCUCGGCCACCGCGUCCACUUCUGCUGCAUCCACUUCUGUUGCAUCCACUUCCACCGCGUCAUCCACCGAGUCAUCCACCGAGUCAUCCACUGAGUCAUCUACCUCGGCCACCCGCACCACUACCUCGGAGCAGUCGACCUCGAGCUCUUCGGCCAUCACCACCGGCUCCACCACCCUGACAACCGCUUCCAGCACUGUUGCCAGUACCUCUGCCUCCGCCACUGAGACCUCGGAGAGCUCUAGCAUCGCGGCGUCUACUUCGACCAGCGCCACCUCGGCCACAACCCAGAGCGCCGUGCCCACCACCAAUGCCGGUAUCGCCAACCGUGUCUCCGGUGGCAUGCUUGCCCUCGUUGCUGGCGCUCUGAUGCUGUAA